GCGUCGUUUGCAUUCGUGAUCGGCAGCCCUUCCCGUCUGAUCCACGGCUCGGACUCAUUCGGCAACACCUGUGGCCACAAGAAUGACAACAUGGAUGAGCUCCAGCUGUCCGGCCUCGACAUGACUGGCAAACCUUAUCUGUUCCAUUUGGACCAAAGCAACCCUCAGGAGUCGAUUAAGAUAUGCGUGAAGGAGUGCCCGAAGACUGAGAUGCAGAAUAUUGCAGACAUUUAUACCUUUUAUACGCGAACCCAGUCCUCGCUCUGCAGAUAUGACUACAACUUCACGUCCACCGCAUCCUUCUCUCUGGAGCGCCAGUUCUCCCGUAACGAUCAGGACAUGAACCGACUGUCCAACGCCGGGCCCUGUCCUAAGCUACCCGUCCACCCGACGAAAGCCAUUCUCUACCGGUGUAUACCAGAGGUUGCCAUACUUCAGGGCCAGGCGUUCGGGCACACCGUCUAUGAGUUCAUCUCCAGUUACGUUCCGCUCAAGAAAGUGAUCAACGAUUUGAUUAACGCCUACAAAGAGAUCUCCUUAUCAGUGGUGGUGUCCAUUAUAUUCGCCUUUUUCUCGGCGUUUGUCAUACACUUCAUCGCCGGCAUCGCCUCC